UUUGUAACGGUGGUGAACCUCUGACGGUGUUUGUAACGGUGGUGAACCUCUGACGGUGUGUUUGUGCUGUCCAGCUGGUGCAGGUGAUCAUCAACACCACCCACCUGGAGCAGAGCUGCCACUUCCUGGAGGAGUUCAUAUCAAACAUCACCAACGUUCCUCCGGACACGGUGAACGCCACCAAGCUGUACGGGACCUCCACCUUCAAGGACGCCCGCCACGCCGCCGAAGCCGAGAUCUACACCAGCCUCAACGCCAAGAUCGACCAGUUCCUGCAGCUGGCCGACUACGAUUGGAUGGCAGCGGUGCAGGGGGGCGGAGCUCUGACGGCCAGCGACUACCUGGUCGACCUGAUCGCCUUCCUGAAGAGCACCUUCAGUGUCUUCACCAACCUGCCUGGAACCCCGGUAGAACACGCCACCUUACCGGGGAAGGUGGCCCAGACGGCCUGCAUGUCGGCCUGCAAGCACAUCUCCACCUCGCUGAUGCAGCUGCUGCUCGACCCGGAGGUCCGACAGAUCUCCAUGGGGGCGCUGCACCAGCUCAACGCCGACAUCCAGGAGUGUGAGAGUUUUGCCAGAGCCGGGCCGGUCGCAGGCUUCCAGGGUGACACGUUGCUUCUGGCCUUCAGUGACUUGAGACAAUUACUAGAUCUGUUCACCCAGUGGGACUGGUCCACCUACCUGGCUGACUACGGCCGACCCACCUGUAAAUACCUGAGAGUGAACCCUCACACUGCCCUGGCCCUGCUGGAGAAGUUGCUGAAGCCGAUGAGGGAGACGAGCAGGAAGAACAACGUCUUCGCCCAGUUCAGGAAGACGGACAGAGACCGGCAGAAGCUCAUCGACACCGUCAUCAAGCAGCUGCGGAACCUCAUCGCUCAGCACCACACCUGAGAAAGACGCCUGAUUGGUCAGCGAGCCUGAGGCCACCGCCCACUCCCAUCUGUUCAGCCACUAACCAACCAGAGGCUCCUCUACGCACCUUAACUCAACGAGCAGUCCAAACCUGAACACGAGCUCCAGCCGUGCAAUCUGAUUGGUUAUUUCAAAUUGACAUGCUGCCACCUGCAUCAGAACCCAGUGGAGCCCCCUACGGGUCAGGGUGACAAGCUUUGGUGAUGUUUCUUCCAAUGUGCUUCAGAACUCCCUCCACGAGGACCAGCUGGUGUGUUGGUCCCGUUCAGAGCAGUAAACUGGACCAACACGCCAACUGGCCCCACUGGGAGGAAACCACCAUCCCCAGCUUCUCACCGUGACCCUCACAGGCCUCCGUACAAACCUGACAUCAGCUCCUCCUGCUCGACUAACACUAACAGCCCAGUGUCACUUCUACACCUCUAAACGUGUUAAUCCGCUGCUGAAAAUAGUCCCCAGUGCAUCCAGUGAACUCCUGUCUAACGUUUGUGACAAUAAGCAGCUCGAAGUAAACCACAUAUAAACAUGACCAGUGGAGGCAAACGCUGUGUUCUGUUGGUUCUGGUCUGAAGUGUGUCACUAACCUCCUGCUUCACCUUGAACCCGUGUGAUCUGGUCUGGUCCUGGAGGUGUCUCCCCUGUGGAGAACAAGAAGGUAGAGCUCUGAAACACUGAUCCAGGAAGCUGCAGCAGUACCACAUGUUUCUACAUCUGCAUGGUUCCUUUUAGCUCCAACUGUGUACCAGAGUCUUAGUCAGUUUUCAGUAGGAACUCCUAUUUUUGUGCCAUUUUUCUUCCCGGGCCGGGCCGGGCCGGCCCAACCCAGCCCAGCCCUCUACGUCUUCCACGUCGCUGUCCGUCACUGUGGUGGAGCUACAGGAUGUAUGAAUGUACGUCACACUCGUCUUCUAAGCAGAACCUACCGGUGGCGGAUGAACAGAAUGUCGCUGCAGAAUCCUUUAUCUUCUAACCACGGGGGCCACGACAUGGCGACCCGGCUCACUAUACAACCUGCAAACACUUGAACGGGCCACACCUGGCGACCUCGGGUCACCACGGAGAGGGUUUGGGUGGAGGCUCCUCCCUCCUCCAUGAUCCGAGGCGUCACGUUGUCUGAGCGUUCUCUACUCGUUCUGUAGAGGUAACUGGGUCUUAAAGAGGGAAAACGCUCCAACCUGGCAGCCGCCGUGUCCAGGCUUCAGUGGGCCUGUUGAUCAGAGACUGAUCGUACUAAUGCUGAGCACACAUCCUGUCUUCCAUUAACACGAGCAGCGCUGUGUGUGUGUGUGUGUGUGUGCAGCUACAUGAGUUAACCGAAGCACAACUUCACUACUUUCACACUAACGGGGUCUUUCUGUUCUGAACCUGGGUGCAAUAACUAACAAAGUGUGUGUCUGUGGCUUUGUAAAGGGAUUCGGACCCACCGAGGGUCUGCAGGGGAAUGUUUUAGUUUUGUAUCCUUUGCUGCGUUUCAUUGGUUAGAAAGGGAUCAGGGCCGCUGUUGGAUGUGCCUUUGCUGUAUUUAGUUGUUUUUCCUGCCAACAGGGCAGCGACACUCUGCUGCUCAGCCUCUGGACGGAGUUUACUCAGUGACACACCAUCAGUGGUCCUGGAGCUCCAGGACUUUGGUCAUUCCACAACAAACAUCACCCAGAAUCUGUAUGGAGCGACCUUCUGGCUGUUUUCAAAGUGGUUUCAAACACUUACAUUGAGAAUUACCUAGAAUUAAAAUAUUUAAGAGAUUUAAAACACUUUACUCCCUAUCGUGUGCACAGCCCACCGACUACAACAGAACCUCUGACGAUGGGACCUGCAGAGCAACAUGAGUCCAGAGUCCAGCUGCAGAUUGUCGCUGCUCUUUGUUUAGUAUUUUUUAAAGCAGAUGUUGAGACAGAAGCGCUGUUCACGCUGUCAUAUUAAACCACUAAUGAAUGAAACGAAAUACUAAUAAAGUUCUGACGAAUGCCAACAGAUAAAUGUGGAAUAAAUGGAAAACUGCUGAUGCUGA